AAUGGCCUCAUUGCAGACUGUGACAGGGAAGAAGCACCUUUAAGCGGAAUGAAGAUAUUAAACUUUUUAUGGACGGUGGCACCAAUAAUCGCAUUUUUGCAGAUUCAAUAUGCAUCGAGCGUUAUCCUGGGCACAGGUGCCAUCGGUCUUGGUGCCGUGGGAGCUAAAGUGCUUGGGGCAGGAGCGUUAAAGACUGGCGGUCUUGGUACUGCCGCUCUCGCAGCUGGUACAGUAGGAGCCGGAAUACUUGGUGCUGGCGCUGCAGCACUGGGGGCUAAUGCAAUAGGAACGGGGGCACUUGCCGCUGGCGCAGCCGGGGCUGGAGCGCUUGGAGCUGGUGUGCUUGGAGCGGGUGCCAUUGGAACUGCAGCGCUUGGUGGCCACGCGAUGAAGGCUGGAGCUAUGGCUGCUGGAGCCGUAGGUGCGGGCGCGUUAGCUGCAAAGGCUGGCGCAGUGGGCGCAGCAGCACUUGGGAGUAAAGCUGUGGCGGCAGGAGCUUUAGGUGUCGGAGCUAUUGGUGCUGGAACGGCUACUGCUGCUGUAAUUGGUGGUAAAGCCGUCCAAGCUACUGGCGUCAAGGCUGCUGUGGCAGGAGCUAAGAUACUUCGUGCUAAAGCUGUGGGAGCGUCUGCAGUGGCCUCAAAAGUUGCCGGAGCAGCUAUCCUUGGCACUUCGGCUGCUGCGGGCAAGGCCGUUGCGGGUGGUGCUGUCGGUGCUGCCGCCCUUGGAGCUGGAGCACUGGGAGCUGCUGGCAUUGGCGGCGCUGCGCUUGCAGCUAAGGCCGCUCAUUCCGCCUCAGUCAAUGCAGCAUAUCUGGGAGCGGCCGCUGCUGGCGCAGCUGCAUUGGGGGCUGGAGCUAUUGGCUCAAAAGCGAUUGGAUCUGCGGCCAUUGGAGCUGGUGCCUUGGGAGCUGCCGGACUUGGAGCUGCUGCUUUGGGAACUGGCGCCAUCGCAGCGAAAGCUGUGGCGAAGGGUGCCGUUGGAGCAGCUGCCCUUGGAACCGGCGCCUUGGGCGCUGGAGUCCUUAAGAAAGGAGCAGCAGGAGCUAUUAUUGUGGGUUAAAAUCCCCUGGCAUUUGCCACAUCCCCAAAAAUUUUAUUUAUCUCAAAUUUUUCAAUUUUUUUUUAUGAAAUACAUAACGAAUUAAAUGCUUUAGCGUAGAGAAAAAUAAAA